AUGUCGCAGCACAACUACACAAAUCCGGCAUUUUGUCAAGGUAGUGAAUUUUAUCCGACUCGCGGUGUCGAAUUAGACUCAGUUCAACAGCCCAUUGACGCCAUAUACAAUCGUAGUCUAAAUAUUUCUUAUGGCGGCCAUGCGGUACAGCCGAAUUCGCGCGUUGGUCCCCUGCGCCUUCAGCGAAGCAUGUCGACACGUUCGGUCAACAUGCAGAAGCGUACGAAGAAAGCAGCGGCGUCUGAAGUGCAUUUUAGUCGCCACACCAAACAGCAGCAACGCCAAAUGCAACAAGUCCCGAAACAAAAUUCAAUAAAAAGUCAUGUACCCGCAUCCCCUGCGCGUCCAAACAAUUUGAAUGUAGUUGCUGAGUCGGCAGCUUUCGGAACGCGUUCAAAUUCUGGCCGUUAUGCGCUCGUUCCGCUAGAAGAUUUGUCGCCGAUAGCGAGUGGCAAUAGUCGUUACGCAAUUGUGCCGGGCCCUUCUGUAGGGCUCACCCCAAUGCGUCAGUACGCGAAAUCACAGGAUAAUCUUGAUUGCUACGGUUCCGAUGAUGACCCCGCCUUCUUCCACGAAGAACCAAGUUCAUUUCAUGGUCAGUCCGCAGAUGCAGCAUUCACGAGUCUACCGCCUGCCUUUGAGUGCGGCAAAGCAGCGAGAUCGAUUGUAAAGCAACCACAACCAUCAGCUCCUAAGAUCAAACAUGCUUUCUCUAGUGAUUUCGGCAGCAAAGCAUUUCUUAUUGUGGAUAAGAAUAGCAAUCAGCGGUAUCAAAUGGUGCCCACCGCCGAGGAUGAGGAGUUAGUUGACGACAACCAGGAGAUCAUUCAAAUGCAUAAUGGACGCGCACAUCGCUAUGCCGUUGUACCGACCGAAGAUGAGAACGAUGUGCUUCCCGCUGAGGAUGAGGAGGAGGAGACGUGCCUCAGCAAUCCCGAUUUGAAUAGAAGUGAAAAUUUUUUAGUCAGCAAUACCACGCGUGCGUCUCGGAACACCACACUUCGCACAUCCACGCCACAGAAGCACACAACAGCACAAAACAACAUUAGCUCCUAUCCCAGCACCCCCUUGAAAAAUCCAGCUGCCACAAAAAUGCUGCAUGAGUUGCUCUCCACACCUCGCAAAACACCACUGCCGCGUAGUGUUACACCACGCAACUUGUCGCCCAUGGAACGACUAGCAGAAAAACAGCAGCAAGAACAUCAACGUGCAAAUUACCAUUAUCGCAGCCAACAACAAUUGUAUUAUACACCUGGUGAGCGACGCACAGAACGAACUGCCCAAAGUCUGCAUUACGAGUCUGUAAAAACACAAGGCGAUCGCACCAUGGCGGUGAUCACGCCGCGCAUAACCCCACACCAAUCGAAGGCGUACCCGGAGAUUGAGGAGGAGGACUGCAGUAGUAUACAUGGAAAGUCCACGAAUUCUACAACGCCCUAUCCGCAGAAGGUGGCCAAUGCCGCAAUCACCCUGGCCAUCGUGUCGCUAAUGCUGGUGAUCAGCAGCAGCAUGAACUCGGCGCUCAUCAUCUACAUGAUUGCGCAUUUUGGAAAAUCGUUUUACCUACAAUUCAGUCUGGUUGCCUCGUUCAGUGGCAUGGGUCUUGGAUAUCUCGGCUUUCGCUCACGUCAUUGUGAAUGGCUGCCCAACCGCAGCUACACCUCUGGUUACAUACUCCUAACGCUCUUCUGUCUACUCAAAUGCUGCGGACUCGUGGUGAUCCUCGUGCUAGAUCCUUACCCUGGGCUGCCACUGCACGACGUAACUACCGGAAUUAUACUUGGUCUCUCCACAUUCACGAUUUUCUUUAUAGGCCUGGGAGUGAUUGGAUCAUUUUGGUGCUAUAGGCCGCCACCAGAUAAUCGGGUUAACGUGGCCUAA